AUGGGUGAUGCCGCCAUGGCAGAGUUUGGAGUAGCAGCUUCUUUUCUGAGGAAGUCAGACAAGGAGCGUCUGGAGGCCCAGACUCGUAUCUUUGACAUGAAGAGGGAAUGUUUUGUUCCUGACCCUGAAGUCGAGUAUGUAAAGGCUACCAUCACCAGUCGAGAUGGUGACAAAGUCACUGCUGACACUGAGUUUGGCAAGACUGUUACAGUGAAGGAGAUUGACAUCCAUCCACAGAACCCACCAAAGUUCGAUAAAAUUGAAGACAUGGCGAUGUUCACCUUCUUGCAUGAGCCUGCUGUGCUAUUUAACCUCAAAGAGCGUUAUGCAGCAUGGAUGAUCUAUACCUACUCUGGGCUGUUCUGUGUGACUGUCAACCCAUACAAGGGGCUUCCAGUCUAUAACCAAGAAGUGGUUGUUGCCUACAGAGGAAAGAAGAGGAGUGAAGCUCCUCCUCAUAUCUUCUCCAUCUCUGACAAUGCCUAUCAGUACAUGUUGGCAGACAGAGAAAACCAGUCUAUCCUUAUCACUGGAGAAUCUGGUGCUGGGAAGACUGUCAACACAAAGCGUGUCAUUCAGUAUUUUGCCAGUAUCGCUGCUGUGCCAACUGGGAAGAAAGAUGCAGCUGCGGAGAAAAAGGGUACACUGGAGGAUCAAAUCAUCCAGUGUAACCCUGCUCUGGAGGCUUUUGGUAACGCCAAGACCAUCAGGAAUGACAAUUCCUCCAGAUUUGGUAAAUUCAUUAGAAUUCAUUUUGACAACAGAGGGAAAUUAGCCUCCGCGGACAUUGAGACUUACUUGCUUGAAAAGUCUCGUGUCACCUUCCAACUAAAAGCAGAGAGGGACUACCACAUCUUUUAUCAGAUUUUGUCUCAGCAAAAGCCUGAACUUCUUGAAAUGCUGCUCAUUACCAACAACCCCUAUGACUACGCAUUCAUCUCCCAAGGAGAGACAACAGUAGCCUCCAUCAAUGAUUCUGAAGAAUUGAUGGCUACUGAUGAAGCCUUUGAUGUACUGGGCUUCACUCAAGAAGAGAAGAACAGCAUUUAUAAGCUGAUUGGUGCCAUUAUGCACCAUGGUAACAUGAAGUUCAAGCAGAAGCAAAGAGAGGAACAGGCCGAGGCUGAUGGCACUGAAGAUGCUGAUAAAGUUGCAUAUUUGAUGGGCUUAAACUCUGCCGACCUAAUUAAGGGUCUCUGUCACCCAAGAGUCAAAGUAGGAAAUGAGUGGGUCACCAAGGGACAGAAUGUCGCCCAGGUAAACUAUGCAAUUGGUGCACUGUCCAAGUCAGUGUAUGAGAGGAUGUUCCUGUGGAUGGUGGUGAGAAUUAACCAAUCUCUAGAUACCAAGCAGCCUCGUCAGUACUUCAUUGGUGUACUGGACAUAGCUGGAUUUGAGAUCUUUGACUUUAACACCUUUGAGCAGCUGUGCAUCAACUUCACCAAUGAAAAACUACAACAGUUUUUCAACCACCACAUGUUUGUGUUGGAACAAGAGGAGUACAAGAAAGAGGGGAUUGAAUGGACUUUCAUAGACUUUGGCAUGGAUUUGCAGGCUUGUAUAGACCUGAUUGAAAAGCCAAUGGGUAUUAUGUCCAUCCUUGAAGAGGAGUGCAUGUUCCCAAAGGCCAGCGAUACCACCUUUAAGGCUAAGCUAUAUGACAACCAUCUGGGGAAAUCCGCCAACUUCCAGAAGCCCAGGAUUAUAAAAGGAAAACCAGAGGCCCAUUUCUCCCUGGUUCACUAUGCUGGUAUUGUUGAUUAUAAUAUCAACAACUGGCUGGUGAAGAACAAGGACCCCCUGAAUGAGACUGUUGUUACACUAUACCAGAAGUCUAAUCUAAAACUUUUAGCCAUCCUAUUUGCAAAUUAUGCAGGAGCUGAUUCAGCUCAAGACUCGGGAGCCAAGAAAGGCAGCAAAAAGAAGGGAUCAUCCUUUCAAACUGUAUCUGCUCUACACAGGGAGAACUUGAACAAGCUGAUGACCAACUUGAGGUCUACUCACCCUCACUUUGUACGCUGUAUCAUCCCAAAUGAGACCAAGACUCCUGGGGCCAUGGAGAAUCCUCUGGUGAUGCACCAACUACGCUGUAAUGGUGUGCUGGAAGGCAUCAGGAUCUGCAGAAAGGGCUUCCCCAACAGGAUCCUCUAUGGAGAUUUCAAACAGAGGUACCGUAUUUUGAACCCAAGUGCCAUCCCUGAGGGACAGUUCAUUGAUAACAAAAAGGCAUCAGAGAAACUUCUGGGUACUUUGGAAAUAGACCACACCCAGUACAGACUGGGGCAUACCAAGGUAUUCUUCAAAGCUGGGCUGCUGGGUCAGCUGGAGGAGAUGCGAGAUGACCGUCUGGCUCUAAUCAUAACAAGGCUUCAGGCAAGGUCACGAGGACUUUUGGCAAGAAUUGAGUUCCAGAAGUUGGUUGAGCAAAGAGAUGCUUUACUGGUGAUCCAGUGGAACAUUCGUGCCUUCAUGGGGGUCAAAAAUUGGCCCUGGAUGAAAAUGUACUUCAAGAUCAAACCUCUGUUGAAGUCAGCAGAAACUGAGAAGGAGAUGGCCAAUAUGAAGGAGGAGUUUUUAAAACUAAAAGAGGCCUAUGCAAAAUCUGAAGCCCGCAGGAAAGAACUAGAGGAAAAAAUGGUCUCUCUUCUCCAAGAAAAGAAUGACCUCCAACUCCAAGUUCAGGCUGAGCAAGAUAAUCUCUGCGAUGCCGAAGAAAGAUGUGAAGGGCUCAUCAAGAGUAAGAUUCAGCUGGAGGCAAAAGUCAAAGAGUUUACUGAGAGGCUAGAAGAUGAGGAGGAGAUGAAUGCUGAACUGACAGCUAAGAAGAGGAAGCUCGAGGAUGAGUGCUCUGAGUUGAAAAAAGACAUUGAUGACUUGGAGUUAACUCUGGCCAAGGUGGAGAAAGAGAAGCAUGCUACUGAGAAUAAGGUAAAGAACCUGACUGAGGAAAUGGCUGCUCUGGAUGAAAUCAUUGCCAAGCUGACCAAAGAGAAAAAAGCUUUACAGGAAGCACAUCAGCAAACGCUGGAUGACCUGCAGAGUGAGGAAGACAAAGUCAACACUCUAACCAAGGCCAAGGCUAAGCUGGAGCAGCAAGUGGAUGAUCUUGAGGGAUCCCUUGAGCAAGAGAAGAAGAUUCGUAUGGACCUUGAAAGAGCCAAGAGGAAACUUGAAGGAGACCUAAAGUUGGCCCAAGAGAGCAUUAUGGACCUAGAAAAUGACAAACAGCAACUUGAAGAAAGGCUUAAGAAGAAAGAUUUUGAAAUCAGCCAACUUGCAGCAAAAAUAGAAGAUGAACAGGCAAUGAGUGCUCAACUCCAGAAAAAAUUGAAGGAGUUGCAGGCCCGCAUCGAGGAAUUGGAGGAAGAACUCGAGGCAGAGCGAGCUGCCAGAGCCAAGGUGGAGAAGCAGAGAGCUGACUUGGCCAGAGAGCUGGAGGAGAUUAGUGAGAGGCUGGAGGAGGCUGGUGGAGCAACAGUUGCUCAGAUUGAGAUGAACAAGAAGAGGGAGGCCGAGUUCCAGAAACUCCGCAGAGACCUUGAAGAGGCCACUCUGCAACACGAAGCCACCGCUGCCACACUCAGGAAGAAACAAGCUGACAGUGUGGCUGACCUGGGGGAGCAGAUUGAUAACCUUCAGAGAGUCAAACAGAAACUGGAGAAGGAGAAGAGUGAGCUCAGACUGGAACUGGAUGAUGUGGUCUCCAAUAUGGAGCAGAUAGUGAAGGCUAAGAUCAAUUUGGAGAAAAUGUGCAGGACCUUGGAAGACCAAACAAAUGAAUAUAGAACAAAGGCUGAGGAGGGACAGCGUACUAUCAAUGACUUCACCAUGCAAAAAGCAAAGUUUCAAACUGAGAACGGUGAACUUUCACGGCAGCUUGAGGAAAAGGAGUCCCUGGUGUCUCAACUCACCAGAGGUAAACAGUCUCACACCCAGCAGAUAGAAGAUCUCAAAAGACAAUUAGAAGAGGAAAUCAAGGCCAAGAAUGCACUAGCACAUGCAGUGCAGUCUGCUCGCCAUGACUCUGACCUGCUGAGAGAGCAAUAUGAGGAAGAGCAGGAGGCCAAGGCUGAACUGCAGCGCAGCAUGUCAAAGGCUAACUCUGAGGUGGCCCAGUGGAGAACCAAGUAUGAAACUGAUGCCAUCCAGAGAACUGAGGAGCUUGAAGAAGCCAAAAAAAAGCUUGCUCAGCGUCUGCAGGAGGCAGAGGAAGCUGUUGAGGCAGUGAAUGCUAAAUGCUCUUCUCUGGAGAAGACUAAACACAGACUACAGAAUGAGAUUGAAGAUCUUAUGGUGGAUGUGGAGAGAUCUAAUUCUGCUGCUGCAGCCCUGGACAAGAAGCAAAGAAAUUUUGACAAGAUCUUGGCAGAGUGGAAGCAGAAGUAUGAGGAGUCUCAGACUGAGCUAGAAAGCUCCCAGAAGGAGGCUAGGUCACUUAGCACUGAGCUCUUCAAACUGAAAAACUCCUUUGAAGAAUCUCUAGACCAUCUUGAGACCAUGAAAAGAGAGAAUAAGAAUCUGCAAGAGGAAAUAUCUGACCUCACCGAACAAAUUGGUGAGGGUGGAAAGAGUAUUCACGAGCUUGAGAAGAUUCGAAAACAGUUGGAGCAAGAGAAGUCAGAGAUUCAGGCAGCUCUGGAGGAAGCAGAGGCAUCACUUGAGCAUGAGGAAGGAAAGAUCCUAAGAGCCCAGCUUGAGUUUAAUCAGGUGAAGGCUGACAUUGAGCGCAAGCUCACUGAGAAGGAUGAAGAGAUGGAGCAAGUGAAGAGAAAUCAACUGAGAAUUGUGGACACUCUUCAGAGCUCUCUCGAGGCUGAGACACGCAGCAGGAAUGAAGCCCUCCGCUUGAAGAAGAAGAUGGAGGGAGACCUCAAUGAGAUGGAGAUUCAGCUAAGUCAGGCCAACAGGCAGGCAGCUGAGGCCCAAAAGCAGCUGAAAUCUAUUCAUGCUCAUCUGAAGGAUGCUCAACUUCAACUUGAUAACUCUCUACGAGCCAAUGAUGAUCUUAAGGAGAACAUUGCCAUCGUUGAGAGACGUAACAACCUACUUCAGGCAGAACUGGAGGAGCUGAGGUCUGCUGUCGAGCAAACUGAGAGAGGGCGCAAGCUUGCUGAGCAAGAGCUGUUGGAUGUCAGUGAGAGGGUGCAGCUACUGCACUCACAGAACACCAGCCUGAUAAACCAGAAGAAGAAGCUGGAGGCUGAUACUUCCCAGCUUCAGACAGAGGUUGAGGAGGCACUGCAGGAGUGCAGGAAUGCUGAAGAAAAAGCCAAGAAAGCCAUUACUGAUGCUGCCAUGAUGGCAGAGGAGCUGAAGAAAGAGCAGGACACUAGCGCUCACCUGGAACGUAUGAAGAAGAACAUGGAGCAGACCAUCAAGGACCUGCAGCACCGCCUGGAUGAAGCUGAACAGAUCGCCAUGAAGGGAGGCAAGAAGCAAGUCCAGAAGCUUGAAGCUCGGGUGAGGGAACUGGAAAGUGAAGUAGAGGUUGAACAGAGGAAGGCCAGUGAGUCAAUCAAGGGAAUAAGAAAAUAUGAGCGACGCAUCAAAGAGCUAACCUAUCAGACUGAGGAAGAUCGUAAAAAUCUUUCUCGUCUACAAGAUUUGGUGGACAAACUGCAGCUCAAGGUCAAAUCCUAUAAGAGAGUUUCUGAAGAGGCUGAGGAACAGGCCAACACUAAUCUCACCAAGUUCCGUAAGCUGCAGCAUGAGCUGGAUGAGGCUGAGGAAAGGGCUGACAUUGCUGAGUCUCAGGUCAACAAGCUGCGCGUCAAGAGCCGUGAUGUGGGGUCUAAGAAAGGGCAUGAUGAGGAGUGA